AUGUUCGCUGACGCAAUUCAGCCCUCGAUUUCAGGAGAAUAUAAUAAUAUGUGUAAUAAAAGAUUACUUUACCACCAUCCUUGCUCGUCGGCAGGAGCUCCGUUGCCCUCAUAUGGUCAUCGACAGUAUCCGGCGAUCUGGUCACCUAAUGCCGAAAUAAAAGACCGAUCACUUAUAUGCAGGGAGCGCUUGCGACUGCAUGACUUGGGCGAAGCGCCCGGAACAGGGUACAUGUUGCAUUGCAUGGCUAGAAGGCCCAGCCAAGCGCCCACACCGAUAAAUUGUUACUGCAUCGAUACCAUACCACCCAACAGUGAACGAAAAAGGAAGAUGGAGAUUUUCUUCAAGGCAAAUGCCGGCGCCAUGCCUCGGCCUACGCUGCAUGAAAUUCGUCUAUUAAACGCCUCAAAGAAGAAAAGACAAUGUCUGUGUGUAGGCGUUGUGAAAUUAAGAAUCAAGAACUUGGAAAAGCGCAAGAGUUCGGUCCCGAGAACGCCGAAGCGGGCAAUGAGACGGAUGAGCGAGAGUGAGAGAGGAACGGAUCCCCUGUCGGAAAAGGCCGAUAAGAUUUCUCCAAACGAACGCCAAACGACCGAGCCCAUCUCGCUGAAGCAGCUUCUUUUUCACCUUUACCUUUCUUCGCAAGGCUAG